UUGUCUAAGAAGAAACACGAAAGGAUGAAAUUUGCGAGAAAAUGGAGUUACGUCAUCAAGCAUGUCGGAGAAGAUGACGAUGAGGUUCUCGAUUCCAGACCCAAAAACGAAGGAGAUAGUUUUCGAGAAUGUACUCCCAUCCUAUGAUCCGGGCACGUUGGAACAGCUUAAAGAGUUGAGUUCUAAGCGGAAAAUAGUCGAGGAUUCCGUUAACAAGACCAGAACUGUCUCAGAGGCCAUUGCAAGAGAGAUGAACAGAGGACUAACCUCGGCUUGCGAGCAGGAUCUCUAUAAACUUGGACAAUACAUUCCUUUACUCGUAAACUUGAUUCAUUACAUUCAUAAGCUCGGUAUUGAAUCUCGGAAGGCUAGAUGGGUUUCAGCCCUCAAGAUUAGAUGGAGCAGUGCAUUGAUCUCGCCGUCCUUACUUCACCGAAAGAGUCCAAAAUUCUUUCAAAUUGACGACAUAAUGUUCGAGCUUGGAAUGAUACUUUUCCUGUAUGCUGUUAAGCUCCGGGAGAAAGCCAUGGAGUUUAUCUCCAUAGAUAUGGUGCAAUCCGCCACCCUUUAUCGAGAAGCAGCUGGUGUAUUCCAUCAUCUAUCUCAUGAAGUUCUUCCUGGCUUACAGCCUUCAUUGCCAAUGGAGAAGCCAGCAGAAGUGAUUCCAUCAGUCUGUUCUUCAUUGAGCCUCCUCUGCUUAGCCGAAGGCCAGGCUGUAACGGUGAAAAGGGCAGAAGAAAAGGGAACAAGCGGGAGUCUACUCGCUAAACUGCAUUACGGCGUAACCCAAUUGGCCGGUGAAGCCAAUGCGUUGCUCUUGUUGUCCGGAGAAUGUAAGGAUCUGUCGUCUCGCUUUCUGGAGUACGUAUCCUUUCUUGGAGCCUUGCACGAACUCAAGAGCCAAAAGCACCUCGCCGAGUGCUUGGCCUCGGAAGAGCAAUUAGGGGCGGCAAUCGGAGUUCUCCACCGUGGGUUGGCCGCCGCCGCCGGGAGGAGAAGCACGGCCGGGGAGGACACGUGGAGGUCCAUAUUCAGGAAAGAGACAGAAGAAGUUUCUAGAAGGAUUGAUAAGUACGGCCGUGAAAACGACUUCAUUCUCCGACAGAAGAUCCCUUUAGAAACAGAGUUGCCUGUUCCUCACGGUAAUAAGAUUGUCAAUCUCAUUCCGUACAGUCCCACGGGAUGGGAGAGAGAACUUUGCUUCAACUUCUAGAAGGUUCCAUCUGUACAUAUUUCUUGUUCUUUUGAGUUUUUUUUUCCCACUAAACUGUGUGUCACAAUUUUUUGGGAAGAAAUUAAGUGUGAAAUAUGAUAUUCAUUUGCUUU